CGCUUAUUCCCAGUUUCCCUCCGUCCUCUCGACUCGAGUGUGGUCACUCUGGCGCAGACCACCAAUACUGACUUUAACAGCAGCGGCCAAGUUUUCACGUCAAGAUUUCCCGAAUGGCCAGAGGUCUUAGAUUUCUGGUUCUAAUACUAUCAGUUGCAUCGAUCUGUGACGCCGCGACUUUUAAUCCGAUCUCCGAUUCUCACCGAUCUGCAGCAUUGGAAUUAUUUACCCCCACUGAUGGAUCUCUUAAGAGUCUAGAAGAAACUUUUGAGGCGUUGAGAACAUUUGAAGUUCUUGGUAUUGAUAAAAAGUCCGAGAUCAAGGGUUACACUUGUCCAACUGUGGUUGAUACUCUUUGGUCUCCUUCUUCAGCAUUAAAGGAUUUAUUUCAGGCCUUAAGGGUUAAUGGAGUACUAAAAUGUGAGCUCAAUGAUGAGGUCUUUGCGGGCAUUGCUUCGAGGCUUAAAGAUAAUGUUAAAGAUGCCAAUUCACUACUUGACUUACACUACUUGAUCGGAAGUUUGAAACUUAUUAAGGGUCAGACUGCUGAAGUUGAUGUACAUCUUGAAGAUGCUGAUGGAAUUUUCCGUGCAAUAAAGGCUCUCAGCCAAAGUGAUGGAAGGUGGCGUUUUAGUUCCAACAAUCCUGAAUCAAGUACUUAUGCUGCAGGAAUAGCGCUUGAAACACUGGCUGGAGUUGUUGCAUUGGCGUCUCAUGACAUUGAUCAGUCUUUGAUGGAUACUCUGAAACAGGAUAUACUGAAACUCUUUGAUGGUAUCGAGAGAUAUGAUGAUGGGUCCUGCUACUUCGAUGAAAAACUUGUGGAUGCACAAGGAAAUUGGGGUCCAGUUUCAGCUUCCUCGUCAAUUGUCCGAGGGCUCACGAGUUUUGCAACAUCAACUCCUGAAAGCCUAAAUCUUCCUGGGGACAGAAUACUAUGUUUAGCAAAAUUUUUCCUUGGCAUUGGAGUUCCUGGCAACUUUAAAGACUUGUAUCACCAAAUUGAUGCAUUAGCUUCCUUGGAAAACAAUAGGAUUUCAAUUCCUUUGAUAUUGUCACUUCCGUCCUCUGUGCUUUCAGUUACUAGAAAAGACCAGCUUAAGGUUCGUGUUAACACUGUUCUUGGCUCUGCUGUUCCACCUCUAUCAGUCAAACUGAUGCAGAUCUUUACCUCUGGUUCAAAGGAUGCAUCUAUUAUUGACCAGGAACUUAAGUUUGAUCCAGAAACUAAGCUGCAUGUAUUGGAUGCUCUGCCUGAGAAUGUUGAUGUCGGGAAAUAUACUUUUACCUUUGAGAUUUUGCUUCAUGACCCAGAACAUAAGAAAAUCUAUGCUACUGGAGGACGAACAAAAGUAUCUGUAUAUGUUACAGGAGUGGUUAAUAUUGAUCAAGCAGAGAUUGCUAUACUCGACAGUGAUCUUGGGAAUGUAGAAACUAAAAAAAGACUGGAUUUAACUGGAGAGAACACCAUCGCUUUAUCAGCAAACCAUCUUCAGAAGUUGCGAUUGACUUUUCAGUUGACCACUCCUUUUGGUCGUGCAUUUAAGCCUCACCAGGCAUUUCUCAGGUUGAGACAUGAGAGUGGGGUUGAACAUAUCUUUCUUGUCAGGAGUUCUGGGAAAAAUUUUGAGAUAACACUGGAUUUUCUUGGACUGGUUGAGAAGUUUUUCUAUUUGUCUGGUAGAUAUGACAUUCAACUCACUGUGGGUGACUCUGUCAUGGAGAACUCUUUCUUGCAACCUCUGGGCUAUCUUGAUUUAGAUCUACCAGAUGCACCAGAAAAAGCAGCUCGCCCUCCUCCACAACCUGUAGACUCUUCCUCAAAAUACGGGCCAAGAGCAGAGAUCACUCACAUUUUUAGAUCCCCAGACAAGAGACCUCCUACAGAACUUUCUUUUGCAUUCUUGGGGCUUGUUCUCUUGCCACUUGGUGGAUUCUUGAUUGGGCUUCUAUUGCUCCGGGUUAACCUGAGGAACUUCCCCUCAUCAACACUUCCUGCCUUUUUUGCCAUUUCUUUCCACAUAGGCAUUGCAGCUGUUCUCUCACUAUAUGUGGUCUUCUGGUUGAAGUUGGAUCUGUUUACAACAUUGAAAGCACUUGGAAUCUUGGGAAUCUCGUUGAUGUUUACCGGACAUAGGACCCUUUCUUACCUAGCCUCCACUUCAGCAAAGUUGAAAUCGGCUUAAGGAUUCUCAUUCAUAGCUUUGAGAUUUCAACGUUUUUUUGGGCAUGGGAUGGUUACUUGAGAAAAUUGAGUGUUGGAUAACGGACUCGAUUUUGUUGUAGGAUAAAUUCAGUUAAGUUAUUAUGCAACUGGACUGAGUUUUGUCACAAGUGAGAAUUACAAAGAAGGGCGUAGUAGUCACGACAGCGUCUUCUAGCAUUGACGUGAUCUUAGAAUUAAAACUAUUGGAACUUGGAUUUAUUAGCGAAUUCAGCAUGGAUGACGUAUUUAUUAUGUUGCAAA